AUGUCUCCUGCUCGCUGCAGUGAUCCAGGGGGCCAAGGACGAGAACACUACCGACACAGGAACUACAGACACAGGAACAACAGACACAGGAACUACGGACACAGGAACUACGGACACAGGAACUACAGACACAGGAACUACGGACACAGGAACUACGGACACAGGAACUACAGGCACAGGAACUACAGACUCAGGAACAACAGACACAGGAACUACGGACACAGGAACUACGGACACAGGAACAACGGACACAGGAACUACGGACACAGGAACUACGGACACAGGAACUACGGACACAGGAACUACAGACACAGGAACAACAGACACAGGAACUACGGACACAGGAACUACGGACACAGGAACAACAGACGCAGGAACUACGGACACAGGAACUACGGACACAGGAACAACGGACACAGGAACUACGGACACAGGAACUACGGACACAGGAACAACGGACACAGGAACUACAGACUCAGGAACAACGGACACAGGAACUACGGACACAGGAACUACGGACACAGGAACAACGGACACAGGAAUUACGGACACAGGAACUACGGACACAGGAACUACAGACUCAGGAACAACAGACACAGGAACAACAGACACAGGAACUACGGACACAGGAACUACGGACACAGGAACUACAGACACAGGAACAACGGACACAGGAACUACAGACACAGGAACUACAGACACAGGAACUACAGACACAGGAACAACAGACACAGGAACUACGGACACAGGAACAACAGACGCAGGAACUACGGACACAGGAACUACGGACACAGGAACUACAGACACAGGAACAACGGACACAGGAACUACGGACACAGGAACUACAGGCACAGGAACUACAGGCACAGGAACUACAGACACAGGAACUACAGGCACAGGAACUACGGACACAGGAACUACAGACACAGGAACUACGGAUACAGGAACUACAGGCACAGGAACUACAGACACAGGAACAACAGACACAGGAACUACAGACACAGGAACUACGGACACAGGAACAACGGACACAGGAACUACAGUCACAGGAACUACAGACACAGGAACUACAGGCACAGGAACUACGGACACAGGAACUACAGACACAGGAACUACAGACACAUGAACUGCAAAUGA